AUGAGCUCGUCAGGCAAGAAAUCACCCAUCAAGACCACGCAGACUUCAACAUGGACAUUGAGAGCAACCCUGAGACUUGCGACAUUAUAUGCUGCCUGUGCUUCUCUUUUACUGGGUGUGGUUUUGCAUAUCAAUGACUUGCCAGAUGGUUUGCGUCUCUACAGAUGGAAGACAAGCAAUUGGGAAUAUCGCCGGGAAAGAGUUAAGGACGCAUUCGUGAACAGCUGGGAUGCCUAUACAAAAUACGCCUGGGGCCAGGACGAAUUCCACCCAAUCUCCAAAACAGGCACCCAAAUGAGCCCGGAGGGCCUGGGCUGGAUUAUUGUUGACAGCCUAGACACUAUGAUGAUAAUGAACCUAACCACUCAACUGGGAGCCGCCCGCAAAUGGCUCCAACGUAAACUUACAUAUGAUCAAGACCAAGACGUCAACACGUUUGAGACGACGAUUCGCAUGCUCGGCGGCUUUCUCUCUGCACAUUACCUUUCAGGCCAACUUCCAGGUGCCGCCUCUCGACGAGACUUCGUAUAUUUGUCAAAGGCGGUUGACCUGGCAGAUCGACUUCUCGGUGCAUAUGAAUCCCCAUCAGGGAUCCCGUAUGCAAGUAUCCACCUGCGGACAAAACAAGGAAUCAUUUCGCAUGCUGACGGCGGAGCUUCUUCGAUGGCGGAAGCAGCAAGUCUCCAACUGGAAAUGAAAUAUCUCGCCAACCUUACCGGCAAUGAAAUAUACUGGCGCAAAGCAGAGAAAGUAAUGCAAACCCUUGACGACAACGUCAUGGAAGAUGGCCUCCUCCCCAUUUUUGUAGACCCACAAAGCGGUCGCUUUACAACUAAUGAAAUUCGCCUUGGGAGUCGCGGUGAUUCAUACUACGAAUAUCUCUUAAAACAGUAUCUGCAGACCUCUGAACCGAUCUAUCUUGAAAUGUGGUCUGAAGCCUUAUCUGGAAUCCAAAAGCAUAUGAUCACCACGACGAAAUAUUCAAACAUGCAUUUCGUCUCCGAAUUGCCCUCUGGAAUUGGCGGUAAACUAUCCCCCAAGAUGGAUCAUCUCGUCUGCUUCUUGCCAGGAACAAUUGCAUCAGGUGUAACUGGCGGGCUCACAGUAGCAGAAGCAAAAAAGAGCCACGGUUGGAGCGACGAGAAAGAGAAACAGAUGAACCUUGCCAAAGAACUUAUCAAGACAUGCUGGGGCAUGUACAAAGUCACGAAGACAGGGUUGGCUCCCGAGAUCACCUGGUUCGAUGCGGACGAUGCGGACCUCAAGCCUGUUCCGGGAAAGAGUCGCCUUCCUCGCAGCAGAGAUUCCAUUUCCGGCUGGAAGCAAGAUUACAUUGUCAUGCAGCUUGAUGCGCAUAACCGACAGCGUCCGGAAACGAUAGAAAGCCUGUUUAUGAUGUGGCGGAUAACUGAGGACCCCAUGUAUCGGGAAUGGGGUUGGGAGAUAUUCGAGGCGUUUGAGAAAUAUACCAUCCCUUCCCAUGGGGAAGGGCUGAGACUCUGA